UGACGAUAGUGUUAACUACAUGUCAGAAAAAUCGUAAAAACAACCGCGUGACUUCGGUAAUCGGUAUAUACCGGUGUUAUAAAUAAAUUGUGAGUUGUGUUUGGAUUUAGUGACGAUGGCUAGCAACGCGCCAGUGAAAAAAGUGCCAAUACAUUUACAGAGCUCCCAGAACCGGCUGCUCAUCAAGAAUGGAAGGGUGGUCAAUGAGGACGGCAUGGAAGACGCCGAUGUCUAUGUUGAAGAUGGGGUCAUCAAGCAAGUGGGCCGGAACCUCAUCAUCCCUGGUGGUACCAGGACCAUCGACGCUACUGGCAAGCUGGUGAUGCCUGGUGGGAUCGACCCCCACACCCACUUCGAGUUGGAAAUGAUGGGUGCUAAAACUGCCGACGAUUUCUAUAAGGGCACAAGGGCGGCCGUGGCGGGAGGAACUACCACAGUCAUCGACUUCGUGCUCCCCCAAAAGGGGCAGUCUCUCCUUGAGGCCUACAACAACUGGAGACAGAAAGCUGAUGGCAAGGUGUGUUGCGACUACGCCCUCCACGUAGGGGUCACGUGGUGGUCACCAUCCGUGAGGAAAGAGAUGGAGCAACUGACGAGUGAGCAGUACGGAGUGAACUCCUUCAAGAUGUUCAUGGCGUAUAAGGAUUCGUGGAUGCUAGACGAUUACACUCUUUAUCAAGCCAUCGAGGCUUGUGCUGAGCUGAAGGCUAUUCCUCAGGUCCACGCUGAAAACGGAGACAUCAUCGCCCGUAACACUGAGAAGCUGCUCGCUAAAGGGGUCACGGGCCCCGAGGGUCACGAGAUGUCGCGUAAUGAAGAAGUGGAGGCGGAGGCUGUGAACAGAGCCUGUGUCAUAGCCAACCAGGCCAAUUCCCCGCUGUACAUCGUCCACAUGAUGUCAAAGAGCGCUGUGCAGGCUUUGCAAAUAGCCCGCGCCAGACAAAGGCAGCCUUUGUACGGGGAAACCUUGGCGGCUACCGUCGGGACUGAUGGCAGCCACUACCGCAACGCGUGUUUCCGUCACGCGGCCGCGCACGUGCUGUCGCCGCCGCUGCGCCCCGACCCGGCCACGCCGCAGGCCGUGCUCGACGCGCUGGCUGAUGACCACCUCCAGCUGAUAGGCAGCGACAACUGCACCUUCACUGAGAAGGACAAGGAGCUGGGCAAGGACAACUUCGCCAAGAUCCCUAACGGGGUGAACGGAGUCGAAGACCGCAUGGCCAUACUCUGGCAGAAGGGGGUUAACACCGGUAUCAUGGACCCCUGUCGGUUCGUGGCUGUGACGAGCUCCACUGCAGCCAAGAUCUUCAACAUCUGGCCUCAGAAAGGCCGCGUGGCUGUCAACAGCGACGCUGACAUUGUCGUGUGGGACCCAAGACUUGAGCGGACCAUUUCCGCCUCAACUCACAAGCAUGCUGUGGACUUUAAUAUCUUCGAGGGCCAACACGUAGUGGGCAGUCCUCAAUACGUGGUCGUGAACGGACGAGUGUGCUUGGACGAUGGAGAUUUGAGGGUCGUUGAAGGUUUCGGCAAAUUCAUCAAGACUCCAGUGAACUCUCCGUACGUGUACGGGGAGGAAGCCGCGGACUCCGUGGAGCCCCGCGCGCAGUCCCCGAUGAUUCACACGCCGAAGAGAGUCACCAAUGGAAAUACUCCCUCCCCUGGUUUUGGCGAGGAGCUGAAGCUGGUGAACAAGCAGCUGGAGGCCAUGUCGGGGCUGCCGUCGGGCUGCAGCACCCCCACGGGCCGCAAGAUGCGCGACACCGCGCAGCGCGACCUGCAGAGCUCCAGCUUCUCCAUCAGCAAAGAAGUCGAGGGCUUGGACACGAAGACUUCGGUCCGCGUAAGGAACCCCCCAGGCGGGAAAUCCUCAGGAUUGUGGUAAACCUGGAAGGUCGCGCAACAGCUGGAGGCUUGAAGAGUUUGCAGGGACGUCAAAUGUUACAUGGUAACAAGAAUACUAGACCAACAAGGCUUCAAUGCAUAUUCCAUUUAAAAUGACGCUUUAAAGAUUUUAGUUACAUUUGCAUAGGAACCUAUAUUAACCUAUAUUUUCUUUACUACUAAUUACCAUUGUUAUUUUUGUGAGUUACCAUCAUGGUUUGACUUUCCGUUAUCCAAAUCAUAAAUCAAUAAGUUAAAGUUAUAACACAAAACAAUUCAUAAAAAAUACUUCAACAAAAUCAGGUAUUUCAUUUUUACCGAUAUUGAGGAAAGAAUAAAGGUUCUAUUUCUAUGUAAUAUAUUGAAAUGAACAUAAAAUUUUGUCCAUUUGAUUGUACCUCAUGUUCCAUGAUGGAUCAUGAGCCAAUGUCUGUAAAUGGGAUGGACCAAUCGACGUCAGCGCACAACGAAUUUAAAAAUGGAAAACGCGCUUUUAUUGAUGGCUAAUUUCUAUCAAGCCUUGUUGUGAUUGGUUCUUUUGCAUUUAAAUGUGUUGAUUGGUCCAUGACUUUUGGUGGUUUUAUUUAUUUAUGGUUUUUGUACUCAUAGGCAGCUAUGGAGUAUAUUGACGGUGAUGAGAUUUUUUUAUCAUAUUAUGAUUUAUCAAGCGUCGCUCUUGACAAUAUAUACCUAAAAAUUUGACGUAAAUUUAAUUACCGUUUGGUACACCGUAAAAAUAUAUAUUUUUAGUCUAUGUACGGUUGACUUCAAAAGUCAAUACAAUUUGCGAACAUUUAUUUCCAAAAACGUGAAGAGUAAAACAUUGGAUUUCUCUCAAAGUUUUUCUUGAAUAUUAAAUGUCUGAAAUUUUAUCCGUUUUAUUCCAUGAAAACAGCGUUUAUUAUAACAAAUAGAUUAUGUAUUGAUUUGUUUAUAAAUUAAUGCAUAUUUUGACGUCCCUAACUUAAGGAACCGCUUAGUACAGCUGGGAACCAAUUUAGUCUAUUCGUUCGUAAUCCAAAGCUUAAGUCGUAGAAAUAUGCUCACAAAUUUAAAAAAUAAAUUACAUACACUAAAAUAAUCACAUCUUUAUCCCUUAAAAUGUAGGCAGAGCCAACAACCUUCAAAGACUAGAAGGCCACGUUCAAUUGUAUUCAAAGAAUAACAGGGUGUUACGUCUACCGCCAUAAAGAAGAAUUAGGUACAAGUAUAGAAGCCUUUACCUUAAUAUACUUUAACAAUCUGCAAAUCUAGGCUAAACCCACAGGUAAUAUGACGAACGAAGACCUUUUUAAAGAGUCUAAUAAAACCCUUAACCUCUUUGUUUAUAAAAAAUAAACUAAGAAGUUUGUAGAAAAAAUUGUAGUAAAAAAACGUUCUUGUGUCAUAGUCAGCACAGAUAUCAGUAACAGCACCACGCAGUUAAAAAAAUAGUCGAAUAAUAAUUAUUAAAACUUAAUUUUGUGGGCAUUUUUCUAUAUUAGAAUGUAAUUUAGCGUCUGAAAUAACUGUUUACUGAUUGUAAUACAUAUUUAUUUAGUUAUCAAUAGACUGAUGUAGUCUUUCAGACGGCUUCUUUAACGAAUAAGUAAGUAUAUGGAAAAAGACAUUCAUGAU